AUGACACCUAGUCCGCGUCGGCCACGUGGAGAGAUUCACGCGAGUUCUGCAGCGCAGCAGGUGUGUGCGCCCGGUAGAAAUCGGUGCGGGAGGCGCAUGGAUGGCGGCGGCGCGACACGCCCCACAUGGAAGCAAACGGUGGCGACAACUCGACGGCGAGUCGUCGCUCGUCGCUGGAAGCGCGAAACGCUUCUCGCGACGCGGCUCAGCCACGCGCGACCCCGCCGCCUUCUCCACCCGCUACUCGCGCUCCCCGUUGUUUUCCUUCUCCUCCUCGCGUCGCCGCGCGCGCUCGUGCGAUCCCGCGUUGUGCUAUCCGGGGACGCCAACCUCCGCCUGCCCACGACCGCUGCUGCGAGUGGCGCGACGAGUGGCGCAGGCAGAGCGGACGCGUCAGCGUGGCCGUCCACCCGCGAGGGACCCCCCGCGGGGAAACCAUUCAGUUCCGCCUCCACCGCAGGCUCGGAUUCCGGUUCAUCUUUGGAAUCAGGCUCGGCGGUUUCCGGGCGGGUUGCCUCGCGCGCGCCAUGGGCGGCGUCGAUUGCGGAGUCUUUGACGCGGAGAGUGCGGGAAGACGGGGAAGGGGAGACGGGAGGGGGAGACGAAGACCAAGGGCGGACGCCGCGCGCGGGACGGAAGCGAGAAGCAGUUGCGCGGAGGGCGGCGCCCAUCGUUCUGCCCCUGCAGCGGCAGGUGCGGCGAGCGCACUCGCGGGAGCGGAAGACAGGCGGGGGCGGGCGUGCGGAGACAGGGGAGGCGCCGCGAGCGGAGGGAGGCGGAGAGGCGGGAACGCGGAGGCGGCAGUUGCGGGGACUGCCGCUUGACCUGCGGGGAUCCGUGCUGGAGCUGGGGUACUACUACGUGACGCUGUAUCUGGGGUGGCCGCCACAGCGGUUUGUGCUGAUAGCGGACACGGGCAGCAGCAUCACCUACGUGCCCUGCGCUGCCUGCACGCACUGCGGUAACCACCAGGAUCCGCGCUUCAACCCGUCCCUCUCAGCGUCGUACGCCACCAUCCCCUGCGCGCACCACCGCUGCCUCACGCGUGCGUGCUCGCCCACGGGGCUGUGCACGUACCACGGCGUUGGAGAGGGGAGUGCGGGGGAAGCAGGGGUAGGUGAGGGGACGGGGGGUGAAGGGGGAGGAGGCGAGGGAGAGGGCAGAUCACAGGGUGCAGAGCAGGCUGCACCAGAUGGGCCACGACUCGUUUUCGGGUGCGAGCUACAGGAGACGGGUGACCUGUACCUGCAGCGCGCGGACGGCAUCGUGGGGCUGGGCAGGGACGCGCUCUCGCUGCCCAACCAGCUCGUGCGCGCCGGGGUCAUGCACGAAGACGAGGGCGUGUUCAUGCUGCUGCAUGCAGCCAGCCGCCCAUCUCCCGCGCACCGCCUCAUUCCCCUCGUCCCCCAUGCAACCCCCUCUCCUCCCCUGCACGGCGCCACCAUCAGUGCGGGUGGCAUGAACCGGCUGUUCCCGUCGGCCACCAUCGUGUUUGGCAACGGAGCAGCGCUGCGCCUGCUGCCACACAACUACCUCUUCAAGCACAAGAAGCACGAGGACGCGGUGUGUCUGGGCGUGUUUGACAACGGCAGUGGCGGUGCUCUCAUUGGAGGAGUGGCGGUGAGGGGCAUGCGAGUGACGUACGACAGGGAGCACCAGCGCAUCGGAUUCGCCCCACACAACUGCCCGCUGCGCCCUACCCCUCAUGCAGCGGCAGCCUUGUCACCGUCCGCGGCCCACAGCCCUCAAGCCAUGCCCCAGUCUCCCCCUCACGCUCACACUCCCUCCUCUGCUGCUUCUGCUCCUCCCCGCCUGCCCUCUGCCGACGCUAGUGUCAUGCCAAAUGUGGAUCUUGGGUAUGACAGCCGAAGCGACGAUGGCCGGGUGGGCAACAGUACCGAAUACGGUGGUGAGGAGGGCGAUGAGUCACAUGGGGCGGGCGUGGAAGGGGAGUGGGCGGACGAGGAGCAGCAGCAGUGGUGGGAUGCCGUGAGCCGCUGUGUGCUGCUGGCAGGCGAGGCAGGUAGUGAUGGGGAGGGCAAGGGGGAACUGGCGUCAUGGAGUGUGCGCGAGGGGAUGGAGGGCAGUGGGAAGGUGGAGGAGGGAGGGCAGCAUGAGGAAAAGGACGAAGAGGAGAGUGAGGGAAGCGAAGGUGGAGGUGGUGAUGGCAGCAGUGAUGGGGGAACGGAGGCAGUCCUUGCUGCACCGCAGCAGCACCCGCUCCCACCUGCCGGGCAGUGGCCCUUGUGCACGCACACCCCCAUGAGCAUCGUGCAGCAGGCUUCCCGCAAGUACACCACCAUCCGGUGGCGCUGCACGGGCCGGGGCGGGCAGCGCGUGCUGAGGCACGCCGAGGAGGCUCUGGGGGGCAGUGCAGAGGGCGCGAGGGGGGGGUUGGUGACAGCCACGGACGAGAUUGAGGCAGACAGGGGAAUGGUGCACGGGAGGGCGGAGGGGGUGGGGCGAGCAGGUGCAGAUGGGGAUGUGGGCGAGCAGGUUAGUGUGGCAGUGUCAGGUGCCGGGGUGGACGGUGGCGAGCAGAGGGGCGCAGCAGAGGAGAGCGGUGGGAGUGACGGGCAGCAUAGCCACACCCACACGCACCUGCUGCUGCACCUCGUCUUCUCUGCCCGCCAUCCACCCCUGCUGCCGCCUCCUGCACCCAGCACCACUGCCUCCUCCGCUUCCGCAGCACCGCUCUCACUCGCACCGUCUGCCUCCACCACCCCGCCGCUCCCCGCCGUGCUGCCGGCGCUGCUGCCAGCGGUGGCUGUCGCCCUGCUCGUGCGCCCCACCCGGGUGUCCCUGGCCGCCUUCUCCUCCUCCACACUGCUGCUGCCCUCCCCGGCCGGCACGCAGGGGGAGGAUGGCCACGGUCAUGGGGGCACGGGUGAAGGUGAUGGCAGUGAGCAGAGGCAGAGGCACUUCACCACGGCGUCGCUCACCAUCGAGUGCCCCUCGCCUCGCUCCCUCCACACAGCACCUGCACGCACCUGCUCCCACGAGGCACAGCGCCUGGCACGGCUGGUGCGGGCGGGGCGGUGCCAGGGCAUGGGGGAGCGCGUGCAGAGGGCCGUGAGGGGCGAGGGGGCAGUGGGGAUGGUGGGCGGUGGUGACUCGCCCGUGCUUCUUCAGUGCUCCCUGCACGCCCUGCCGCCCGCUGCUGCCUCCGCUCACUUGCCACCUCACCAUGACACCGCACCUGCCCACUCUGACUCGCCUCUCGCCACUCCCUCACUCGCUAAUGCCUCUGCUGCCGCCCAGCGCCAACAGGCCGCCAGCAGCAAGGGCAAGGACGAAGAGGGGCUGCCUCGCGAGCAAUGGCAGGCAGAGCAUGGGCACGAGGACAGCCUGCUGGGGGGGGCGGCAAUGCACAGCAGGCAGCAGCAGGGCGUGCAGGAGGGCUCUGAUGUGCACGAGGGCUCUGAUGUGACUGUCAUGCGCUCCAUCACCCCCACUCUCAGGGAGGAGCACGGAGCCUCAGCCACGGCUGCCACUGGAGCAACUCUUUCAACACCACCGGCUGUGGCAGCAGCUGUGGUGCCGGCGGUGGCGCGCAUGCAGGAGGAGCAGCGGCUGCAGUGGGCGGCGCUGGUGGUGGUGUAUGCACUGGUGGCGCUGUGCCUUGCUCUCAUCCUCCGCCUGCAGUUCCGCCGAGGGGCCUUUGGCAUCGCCAUCGCCACCGUCACUGCUGCUACUGCAGGGGGGUCUGCUGCACGGCCCCAUCAGCUGUGCUCGCACACGCCCUCCUCGCUGCAUGGGACCUGCUCGUACCCCGUGGCAAAGCGCGCUGUGGACCGCUCUCAGGUGUAG